AAGCACCAUAAUAAACCUUCGAGUCGACAUAAUAAACAUUGAUUCGGAGGAGCAGAUCCAUCUACGUUGACAAUAUCCUGUGAACUUGAUGUGCAACUAUCUUUUUGACCUGAGACAUUUCCAGCAAUCGUUGACUACUUUCUGGAUGUUUUUCUAGAUAUCUGCUGUGCAUAUAAAGUCAUUUUUUUGUAAAGACCAACCGCAGAGGUUCGGGUUGCUGUCAAACGAUCUUCUCGCUACCUUCGCUUUAUAGGCUACCUACAUCAGAAAAUGUAACUGGCAAAGUUGGGAAAUAUUAACAUUGCAUUGAAUUAUCUCCGGAAAGUAGCGAACGUUCGUUUUUUUGUGGUUAUUUCCUUCAAAAAUUUCAACAGCUCUGUAGUGAUGGUGUUUCCCUUGGUGAAUCUUUGUGCCAAGGAGGUGGUGAGUGAUCACAGUUCCUCUCUGGGCUGGCUUGGUUGUGUACCCAGGGAACUGUAUAGACCUCUUCUGGAGGCUGCCUUCACCAACUGCCGCCUGCUGGCUGUCGGGGAAUUGGUGCAGCGAUGGCCGGAGCGAACUCUGCGGGUUGGCGGCCGAAGGAGGAAGGGACAAAGUCCCCCAAAUCGCCUCUGUGUCCAGGCUCUCCUGCUCGCGGUGGUCAGAGGAUUGUCGGACAAAAUGUAACACACACUCAAUCUUUGUUAGUUUACUUCUCUGAAACAACAUGACCCAGCAAGUCUUUGAAUAAUGGGAACAAAAUACUAUUCAAUCGACAACUUCACAGCCUAGAAUCUCCCAAUGUCAUAGAGAUAGCUACACUUAGAUGGUAGCCAUCCGAUGGCACCAGACAAUCUUUGCGCAUGUAAUCACUUGUCUAUUCCUCUUCUCUAUUCCUAGGUGUGCUCUCCAGGUGUUAGACCUAUGUGGGCUGCAGUGUGAGGAGGGAGGAGUGGGAGACCCCAUGGGUGGUUGGUCCCUGACCGUGGCCCUCUGCACCAUGGUUGUACAGGCCAGGGCUGGAGCUCAGAGGGCCCUCAGGAGAGAGGGGGAACGGGAAAGGAAGAGAGUGCUGGCGAAAAGGAGAGGAGAAAAGCGAGGGAUAGAGGAAGAAAGUGAAGGAGGCGAGCGGCUUGUGGAGUCUGUGGGAAGAGAUAAAGAGGGGUCGGAGACGUCUGGCUCUCUGGGAGAGGAGGAGCAGGUGAAGGGGGUGAGGAGAAGGAUGGAGAUGGAGAGUGCAGCAGUGGCAGGUCUGGCAGGCGAGCGGGGGUCAGAAUCCGAGGCAGACAGCGAGGUGGUGGUGUGUGUGAGGGCCGACCUCCUUGUGAACGCCCGCUCCUGGGAGCGUGUAGGCGCAGCCCUGGGCACGACCGGCCCCCUUAAGUUACAGUGCAGGUACGUCCGCGUGGAGGAGCUCUCAGCCUCCAGCAUCGGAUCUCUGCUGGACCUCCUACCCCGUCAUGGCCUCCUUGGGGUGGACAUCAGUUACAGCUGCCUUGGGGUGGCUGGUCUAGUUCUCCUCCUCCCUCAGCUCUCUAUGUUCCCCCUGCUGAGCUCGCUGUGCCUGCACUACUGCAACCUGGACAUCUGCAGGGACAUGCCUGGCCAGGAGGGGGCGCUAAGGGACAUGUCCCAGUGGCUGGGGCAGCUCGGUCAGCUGCGCCGCCUCAGCCUCACUGCCCUCCGGCUUCCUGGACACCUCCGCAUGCUGCUCAGGUAGGGCAAGCUGUCCACUGUCUCCAGCAUGUGGUCAUACUCUCAUUAACAGCUUGAACUGUCUCAUGUAUUUGUUCCCCAUCCUGUUUUGGCCUGCAGCUCUCUCUCCCAGCCGCUGGAGGUGCUGGAGCUUCCCUACCUGAGCCUGACCCCGGCUGACCUCUCCUACCUGUCCUGCAGCCCGCACGCCUCCUCGCUGCAGCAGCUGGACCUGAGUGAGAACAGGCUGGAUGAGUCGGCCUUGCCCUCGGUGCGUCGCCUCCUCUCCCAGGCGUCCGGCUGCCUCAUGCACCUCUCCCUGAGUGGCUGCGGCAUCACUGACGGCCUGUUGGCGGCGCUGCUUCCAUCGCUCAGCUGCUGCCGGGGCCUGAAGAGCCUGGGCCUCGCUUUGAACCCGCUCUCUGUGGCCGGGCUCCUGGACCUGGUGAGGACGGUGGUCAGGAUGCCCUCCCUCAGGGAGCUGCGGUACCCUAACCCCCUGGAGGACUACCAGCCUGGGCUGCCCCCCAUGCCCUCAAGUGCCCAGCUGCUGGACUGGCCCUUGGAUGAGCUUGUGGAGGUCCACGAGGCCACCAGUCUCCAACUGGACAGGGUGGUGAUGGAGAGUGGCCGCUCAGACCUGUUCCUGACAUGCGACCUGCUCAACUACAACAAAGACUUGGUGGAGCAGUGAUGUCAUUGGAAGAAUGACCCCCUUCAUAUUUUAAAACCACACAACUGUACACGUGCCUGCCUACUGU